AUGUGUAUAUUAUGGGUUUUCUGGUUCUUCUGGUGCUUGAUGGCGUGCCUUGGAGUAGCUUGGCUGUCAUUGUGUACCUUACACCGAUUCCAAAAGAAUCCGACUGUAAUUUCGCUAGAAAGAAACUACCUAGAUUGGAACACGACGCUAUCCGCACUAAGCCUUUGUCCAUUGCUCAAGGCCAAUCAAGAAGAAGUUCAUAGGGUGGCCAGGUUUGUUUUCUCGGGUGAUCUCGAAAAAGGAGUUGAGUUCUUGAACUCCUUAGCCAACUGGACGUACCCGAACCUAGGCCAAAUUAUCGCUAACCAUGAGAUCGAACCUUCGGAUUACCAGGAUCUGUUGAUGUCCUUGAGGGUCAACUUCAGCUACAUCCUCCCGAACCUCCCCACCAUCCAAGAAUUAUCUUUGUCCAUGACUGAAGUGGGAAUCUGCUAUUCCCUCAACUCUCAAAUGGCUUUUUAUGGUGAUCCAAGGUUCUGGAUGUCAAAUGGUUGGAACCUGAGAAAACCUGUAACACUCAUACAUGGCAAUCCUCUAGAUGUUGCAGAACUGUCAGUACAGGUCAAUGAUAUAAAAGUUAGCUUCAAUGUCUAUUUGCAUGAUAGUGAAGAAGUAGUUGAUGGUUCAUCAAAUUCAAUGUUUCCUGUGAGACUUCAGGAAGCAAUGUAUCUUGAUACCAAUGUCUUGUCGAUAUACUCAACAGACGCAACGAGAAAACUGUCAGUUCAACAAAGAAAAUGCAGAUUCAUGGAUGAGUCCAACUUGGAAACAAGCCCUGUCUAUUCUUACAGACUGUGUCAGUCUGAAUGCAGGAUGCACUUAUCUUUAAAGCUAUGCGGCUGUAUUCCUUAUUUCUACCGCAAUUCUGGAAAAUAUAAAGUUUGUGGAUCUACAGGAAUGAACUGUUUGAAUAAAUAUAGAGAUAGACUUUUAAAGCUAAGGGAAGGAAAUAAACGAGAAGAAUGUGACUGCUUUCAAAAUUGCAAUUUUGUCAAUGUUUGGACAACCAGAGUUUUACAGGGAGCAUGGAAUAGAGAUACUGUUGUUCGGCUCUCUCUUGACUCAUACCCAAGAUACAGGCUCAAAAGGGACAUUGUGUAUAGUUUUGGGGAUCUACUAGCACAAAUGGGAGGAGCUGCUGGUCUCUGUUUUGGUUGCAGUGUUCUGAGCAUCUUUGAAGUCUUCUAUAUAAUUACUCUAAGAUUAUUCCUUUUUAUUUUUAAAUAUAAACAACUCAUGAAACCGAUUGAUUCAUAGCAUAAUUAUAAUAAUAAUAAAACAUGUAAAAUCCACUUGAUUCUCACUAAUUAGAUGACAUCAUGUCUUAAAUUUGACAUAUUUUAAAAAAUAGUGCUGUUAAUAUUUAUAAUGCUUAAUAAAAUAACUUAGGUUAUAAAUUUUAACAUCUUUGUAAUUUUGGUUUAAUAACCCAUAAGAGCAAUACCUGUUUUUAUUAUAUUCAUAAAAAAUCAUGGUAGGUAUAGACACAGAAUUUUUAUUUUGAUUGGGGGGGGGAGGGGAGCCAUGAAGCAAAAAAAAAAAAGUGGUAGUCCAUAUUAUGUUCGAAAAUCCAACAUAUACAUGUUUAAACAGUUGUAUGAUUUUUUUAUUUACCUUUUGAUAUACUUGAAAAUAUCUGAACAAAUUAAUUGGAUAUAUUACAAUUUGUAUACAUUAAACAUGAGAGAAAGGGGAACAGCCUUCAUAACAUAAGUACAUUUCUAGAACUUUUUCAGUUAAAAAUUAAUAAUGUUAAAAACUGAAAAAUACUUUUGAUUUCUUAGUUUGUACGACAUCCAAAUAAAAAUAAAUCUUUUUCACAGCCUGACUAUCUAAAAAUUUCUAUAGAAACAUUCUCUAUAAAAUAUAUUUAUACUUGUAUUUAUUAAAUAUAUUUUUUACCAACUUUAACAAUUUAAUAAGAAAAUCGCUUGAAAAUGGAGGAGUCAACAUGAAAGGCGAAUGAAUCAUAAAAUCUAAGGAUAUGUUUCUAUAUUAUUAUUCCUGAAUAUGAAUAAAAGUUUAAGUAAUAGAAAUAUUUAGGUUUUGAUAAAAUAGUUAUGCACCUACUUAUAGGCCUUAGCUUUGCCUGAGUUAGUCGACUUUUUCUUAUUUUCUUAAUCGAUUUAUUUCACAUAUUUUAUUCAUUCAUAUAGCUUAUUUGUUAUAAAUUAAAAUUUUUUUUUUUUACUUCAAAAAAUUGAAGGCCGAAACAAUAUUGUCGCCCCCUCAACAUUUUUAUUUUUUUAUUAGGGGGAGAUCACCCCACCCCCCUCGAAGUCUGCUCCCUUGAUUAUAGGGCUAUAAUAGUCCUUAUUUAAUUCUUAACAAAAAAUUGUAUUAAUAAAGAACAAAUUUGUA